UUGUGGGAUUUUUAGUUUUCAGUUAGGGACAUUUGUCUUUGACAACAUCGCAAAGAACAAACGGGACAAUUUCCAGCGGAACCCAAACACGGGUAUCGAACUGUGUAGCGGUUCGGCGCGCGGCGGGUCCGUGCGCAGGCGGCCGUUCCGGACGCGGUGCAGAGAGGGAAACAAACAGAACGUCGUUAGCCUUGUGGGAGCUGUAGUUCCGCUUACAGGCCGCUCAGCUUCAACAACAACAACAAGAAAAUAAGUCCAACUUCCACUCAAACACCGGGGUUUGAGGGCGUGCGCAGAAACAAGCAUGCCCGGCUUCACCUGCUGUGUCCCCGGCUGCUACAACAACUCCCACCGGGACCGAGAGCUGCGCUUCUACACCUUUCCGAAGGACAGCGCGCUGAGGGAGGUCUGGCUGAGGAACAUCUCCCGGGCCGGAGUCAGCGGCUGCUUCAGCACCUUCCAACCCACCACGGGACACCGCGUGUGCAGCGUGCACUUCGCCGGCGGCAGAAAAACCUACAGCAUCCGAGUCCCAUCCCUCUUCCCGCUGCGGGGGGUGAACGAGCGAAAGAGCCGGCGGGGCAGAGGCAGGAAAGUGACCGCGGCGGCUCCCGCUCCGGUUCUGAGCCGCUGCCCCACCGAUCCGCCCGCCUCUCCGCCGGCGCACGGCAUCAUCAUCACCAACGUGCGCUCCACAGCCAUAGGAGCGGAGGGCUCUGCGGGCGGAGAGGCGACAGAUGACGGCGGAGGAGGCGGCGGUGGUGGUGGCGGCGGCGUCACAGUGUUUCAGACCGGCCAAAACGGAGAGUACCUGGGCACGGCGCAGCUGCCCGCCCAGCCGCAGGGGACCGACUACACGGCGCCGAUCAGCGACGAAAACCAGACCGCCGACGAGUCCUCGGGGGAGACGGCGUUCUCCGUGCAGCAGCCGGUGCAGUACGUCAACGUGUCCAGCAGCCCGCUGGACCACUCCUACUCUCUGACCACCGGCACCACGUCCGCAGAGCUACUGCGGAAACUCAACGAGCAACGGGACAUCAUCGCGCUGAUGGAGGUCAAAAUGAAGGAGAUGAAGGCGACCAUCCGCCAGCUCCGCGUGACCGAGGCCAUGCUGCAGGAGGAGGUGCGGGAGCGGGACCGACUACUGUACGGCAGCACCGUGGCCAACGUCCGCAAGAAAAUAUGAGCCCAGGCCGGAGGCAGACCCCUGACGGACAGCAGCUCUGUGUUCUCUGCCCAUCUGCCAGAGAUGACAGUUUAUUUUCAACAAGUAGAGAUGAAUUUCCAUAGGCUUCAAGCUUACUGAUUAGUUGUGUAGCUGAUAGUGAGAAUGGCAUUGCUUGUCACUUAGAAACAUGCACACUCCUCUGCAGACCAAG